AUGGCCGACGUCGAGAUGUCGGAUGCCCCCACGGCUAGCAAGAAGACCGAGAUCGAGGUCAGAAAGAAGUUCGAGGUCAAGAAGUGGAAUGCGGUCGCUCUAUGGGCGUGGGACAUUGUCGUAGACAACUGUGCUAUUUGCCGAAACCACAUCAUGGAUCUAUGUAUCGAAUGCCAGGCCAACCAAGCCUCCGCGACCAGUGAGGAAUGCACAGUUGCUUGGGGCAUUUGCAACCAUGCCUUCCACUUCCACUGCAUCUCCCGAUGGCUCAAAGCACGAUCCGUCUGCCCGCUCGACAACCGUGACUGGGAGUUCCAAAAGUACGGACGCUGA